AGGGGGCUGGUGGUUGGGAGCCUCUUGGGGGGCAGAGAGCGAGGGGGUUGGGGGCCUGUUGGGGGGGCAGAGGGGCUGGUGAUUGGGAGCCUGUUGGGGGGCAGAGAGCGAGGGGGCUGGGGGCCUGUUGGGGGGGUAGAGGGGCUGGUGAUUGGGAGCCUGUUGGGGGGCAGAGAGCGAGGGGGCUGGGGUCCUGUUGGGGGGGCUGGUGGUUGGGAGCCUGUUGGGGGGCAGAGAGCGAGGGGGCUGGGGGCCUGUUGAGGGGGAGCAGAGGGGGCUGGUGAUAGGGAGUCUGUUGGGGGCCCAGAGGGCAAGGGGGCUGGUGUGUGGGUUGUUUGAGGGGGGUUGAUGUGGGGAAGAUAUUUGUGAGGCACCAGAAGGGGGUGGGACUCAUUGGGGAGACAGUCUUGUGGGGCUAGGGCUGAGGGGCUUGGUAAGGGCCCUGUGAGAAACAAAGAGGGGGAGAUCAGAGCGGGCAGGCACCCCCCAGGGAGGGUUGAGCCCUCAUCUAAUACGUACAGGAUGAGCUCUCUAGGUGAGGCUAGUAGCAAGUUUCCUCUGCACGUCUUAGUCUGGAAUAAUGACUACAGACAGCUGGAUAAAGAGCUGGAAGGCAAGGAUGUUGAUCAGCGUGACCCACGGGGUCGGACCUUGCUGCACCUUGCUGUUUCCUUGGGAUAUAUAGAGUCUGCCAAAGUCCUCCUUCGACACAAGGCAGAUGUUACCAAAGAGAAUGCACAGGGAUGGACAGUUUUACAUGAGGCUGUAAGCACAGGAGACCCGGAGAUGGCAUACCUGAUACUGCAGCAUCGAGACUACCACCAAACGUCUGCGACACUUGGAGGGGUUCCUGAAUUACUCCAAAAAAUUAAUGAGACUUCUGAUUUUUAUGUGGAAAUGAAAUGGGAAUUCACUAGCUGGGUUCCACUCGUUUCCAGAGUGUGUCCAAAUGAUAUCUGUCGCAUCUGGAAAAGUGGAGCUAAGUUACGCGUUGAUAUCACGUUAUUGGGCUUCGAAAAUAUGAGCUGGGAACGAGGGAAACGUAGCUUAAUUUUCAAGGGAGAAGAUACUGGAGGCUGGGCAGAACUAAUUGAGAUAAACCAUGAUGACAAAGUUGUCACAACAGAGCGUUUUGAAAUCUCUCAACAAAUGAAGCGUCUGACUUUGGGCUCUAUGACACCAGAAAGAAAGGAGGUAGAAAGACGCCUUACAUCUCCAAUUAUUAAUACGUGCCUUGAUACUAAAAAUAUUGCUUUUGAAAGAAAUACAUCUGGAUUUUGGGUAUGGAGGACAGAGAAAGCAGAAGGUGUAAAUGGUUAUGAAGCAAAGGUCUAUACGGCAAACAAUGUGAAUGUAGUCACAAAAAUCCGAACAGAACACUUGACAGAAGAAGAGAAAAAAAGAUAUAAAGCUGACAGAAAUCCACUGGAAUCUUUUCUUGGUACUGUAGAGCAUGAGUAUGGUGCACAGGACCUCACAACAGAGUAUGCCACCAUGAAUAACCCUACAGCCAUUACUCUGGAGGAAUAUUUUGACCCGAAGUUUGAUCUGAAAGAUAGGGACAUAGGAAGACCCAAAGAAGUCACUAUUAGAACACAGAAGUUUAAAGCAACCUUGUGGAUGUGUGAAGAAUUCCCCCUCUCUCUCAUGGAGCAAGUCACUCCAAUCAUUGAUCUGAUGGCCAGAGCUAGUGCUCAUUUUGCUAGACUUAAAGACUUCAUCACUUUGGAAUUUCCACCUGGAUUUCCUGUCAAAAUUGAAAUUCCCUUGUUUCAUGUGCUUAAUGCUCGAAUUACAUUUGAAAAUGUUAAUGGCUGCAGGACAGCUGAGGAAAUUUCAUCACAAACUGCUGAAGGUGCACAGGGUGAGUUGGCUUCUAAAGCCUCUAGCUUUGAGGUCGACCAGUCUGUGUUUGAGAUCCCCAAAUCUUAUCACACUCAGCAUGAUGGUAGAAAUGUGCGUGUGCAAGAUGAAGAUAAUGAAAUAAUGCAGUUUGCUAUUCAGCAGAGUUUGUUGGAGUCCAGUGGGAAUAAAGAAGCCUUAGGAAUGCACUCCAAUGGAGCAGUUGCUUAUGCGCAGGACUUUAAUAUACAGUAUCAAAGGGCACUUCAGGAGAGCUUUGUUAUGAGUUCAAGUACUCCCCAUUUUAGCACCCCAAAUGAGUCUUCCAGUUUUGAUAAAGACUUACAGCUUGCUAUGGAGUUGUCUGUCAGAGAGCAGCAGGAGCAGGAGAAAAGGCGUCGUGAAGAGGAGGAAGAAGAAUUUCAACAAGCUUUGCAGCGCUCUCUCACAGAAAAAUAGAUUCCUCCUUCGAUCCUCUGAAAUAGGGGUGCCUCAAUGUGUGUGAUGCUGAGGGCUGCAGUAGCUAGGAGCCUGAGGACCACUCUUGGGUUGCAUAAGUAGAGGAUGUCCUAGCCACCUUUUAAUUGUCACCUUUAACAUAGAGAUGUGGCCCAGAGAUGCUACAGCUCUCGGCAUGCAGAUCUCCAUCUUGAUCCAAGCACCCUGGUGUGUUGUGUGUGGACACCUGUAGUUUCUAUGGGCUGCUACCUCCAUGAUUAAAGGUGAGGGCAGCGGUAGAAUUCCAGGAGCUAUAUUUGCCUCCCAGGCCAUGUCCUGUUCAAAAAUGUCAUAAAGGGAAGAGAGAGAGAAAUAUAUUAAAGAACUGGAAACCUUGCCUGGGCUAUAUAUGUAGGAGCACAGCAAUGUUUGAGAACCUGAUACAUAGAGAGUUCAGAAGAGAAACUUCCUUAUUAUCUACCAAAGAAAUAUUAAUCUGUUCAGUCUUUUCUAGUAAUUGAAUGCCAGUUACUGUUUCUUUUCUAAAUAGAGAGGAGAAUGUGCAAAGUAGUCUUUCACUCCAGCGAGUGUUUUCCAUUAGAUUUGGGUGCACGUGGCUAAGGAUAUUUCCUCUCUGCAGUUCCUGAGCAUUUAAAAUGCAGCUAUGCUUAUUAAUAUGGUUGAUUUUUAAACUUGAGUGAAUUCAGGCUAGAGGUGCAUUCAAGAUAAAACUAAUGCUCUCUGGACAAGAGCAAAAAAGAUAGCUAAGAAGUUUUUUUCCCCUUGAAAAGGGACUACCUGCUCAUUCAAAUAGAGGUUUCUCUGUAGUGAUUCAAGACCAGCUUAGUUCACACAAUCAAAGAGGGCAGCAAAAAAAUACAUAACAGAAAUAGGUGCUUUUUUUAAAAGAUCAGUUUUUACUUUUUUUGUGAAAGAAAUUUACACUGAUUUGGAGGUAGUGUGCUGAAUUCAUACAGAGAAAUUAGGUGAAAUUUUCAUGUAUGCCUAUUAGUAAGUUCUGCCAUCUCAAAGGGAAAUACAAAUAUUGCUUUUUUAAAAGUCAAAUGUAAAUCCUUCAUGUGAAUACAUAUUUUUUAUCUUAAUCUUUUUAUUGAUUUUUAAGACAAACCAAUUCAAUACAAUUGCACUCAUAGGGAAUAGUAUCAUUAGCAAUACAGGAGUGUAUUUUUACCAAGUUUUCUCAGGUCUUUAUUCAUACUAUAUAUUUUUAGUUCUUUUGUCUUCACUUCUGUGUAAAUGUACACAGCAUAUACGCUGUGAUUGUCAAAUGCACUCCUCCAGUACACACUGUACAACCAUAGGAAAGCCUUAUUGCAGUGAAACAUAUUACUGAGCAAUAUUUCCUACUUAUAGCUGGCAGAAGUGCAAAGAAACCUAUGGUACAUGUGGUCUUAUCCUGCAUUUGUUACUCAGGCAAAACACAGAGCUGCCUCUGGCUCUGUGAUAGACUAUUAACCAAUCUAACUUGCAAUAAAAUGGACAUGAUCACCAUCAGUAAAAGGUAAUUUAGAACUCCAUUUCAUACCAUAUAAUCAUCCAUUGUUUGAUGUAGCAAUCAGAUUAAAAUUCCUUGUAUGCACACUUGUGCCAGUAUAAUCUGUGCCAUGUUUGUUUCAGACUAUGCAGCUUGCAUUUCAUAAAACUUUAACUUCAUCCCUAAAUAGCUUAUUUGGUAUUAGCAGCAACACUGUCAUUUGCUUACCCAGAAGCAGCUAUACUUGGGAAUUGUUGCUCCUCUUUGAAAAGAGAAUUGCUGUAAGUGUCACACCUUGUUGGGGUUGUGAAAUAACAAAUAAAAUAAUUCAGUUUUUUUUCCUCAUGUGGAAAUAAAGAGCAUUGCUCCCUUUAA